AAUAAUCUGCAGAGGUGGGCGUGGAUCUGCUUUCGUCAGCGGUCCUCUUGGUUUUGGUGCCUGCAAGAAGGAGCUGUCAGCUAACGUUAGCUAGCUAAAAAAAAAACACGGAACGAUUGACAGACAAGAACAGCGAAAGCACCAACGACAAAAAGCUGCUUUGGGAGCAGUGAGGGGUCUUCAUGGCUGUUCGAAGAGGCCACAUCAGGUACCUAAAAGAGGUGUAUGACAUGUCCAACGGCUACGAGGAUCACAUGGGAGGAGGAGAUGAGGUGACGGAUGCCAAGACCAACCUGAUAGUCAACUACCUUCCCCAGAGCAUGAGCCAGGACGAGCUACGCAGCCUCUUCAGCAGCAUUGGCGAGGUGGAGUCCGCCAAGCUCAUACGGGACAAAGUGGCAGGUACGGAACACCUUGUCCCACAAUGCACUACAGGCCACAGUUUAGGGUACGGAUUUGUUAACUAUCUUACCCCUAGCGAUGCAGAAAGAGCUAUCAAUACUCUGAAUGGACUAAGGCUACAGUCUAAAACUAUCAAGGUUUCAUAUGCGCGGCCGAGCUCUGACACCAUUAAAGACGCCAACCUGUACAUCAGUGGCCUGCCCAAGACCAUGACCCAGAAAGACGUGGAGGACAUGUUUGCUCGCUACGGACGCAUCAUCAACUCCCGUGUGCUGGUCGACCAGGCCUCGGGCCUGUCUCGGGGGGUGGCGUUCAUCCGGUUUGACAAGCGAGCGGAGGCCGAGGACGCCAUCAAAGACCUUAACGGACAGAAACCCCCCGGAUCUGCCGAGCCAAUCACAGUGAAGUUUGCUGCCAGUCCCAACCAGGCCAAGAACACUCAGCUCAUAUCGCAGCUCUACCACAACCAGGGACGCCGCUUUGGAGGGCCAGUUCACCACCAGGCUCAGAGAUUCAGGUUUUCUCCGAUGUCUGUGGACCAUAUGAGCGGUAUGUCUGGGGUGAGUGUGCCGGGGAACGCCACCUCUGGCUGGUGCAUCUUCAUCUACAACCUGGGCCAGGACGCCGAUGAGGGCAUCCUGUGGCAGAUGUUCGGGCCCUUCGGCGCCGUCACCAACGUCAAGGUCAUCCGCGACUUCAACACCAACAAGUGCAAAGGCUUCGGCUUUGUUACCAUGACGAACUACGAGGAGGCCGCCAUGGCGAUCGGCAGCCUCAAUGGUUACCGCCUCGGGGACAAGAUCCUACAGGUGUCGUUCAAGACCAGCAAAGGCCACAAGUAGAGAGAAAUAGUGGGGGGGGGGGGGGCCUCACACCAGGCUUCUAAUAUGGAGGGUAAAUUGCCACAGUUUGACAAAACAAACGUGUUUUUAGCGUUAUCUCACUAAGCCCAUUCUCACUCUGCAUCUUUGUACUAGUCUAACAGAGAGUCUAGGCUGAGUGUGAUACUUCUCGUUUUUUUUUUUUUUUUACUCAUGAUUUGGGAUGUUCCAAACGCAGUUAUCAAUGUCCAUCCUGAUAUGGUGACCAAUUUCACAAUUUAAGACUAGAGUGUUUUUCCUGUGAGAAUUAACUAGUGUCACUAUGUGCCAUAUGAAUGGUAGGACCACGGUAGGGACUUGGAGAAGGAUGUGCUACAGUCAUGCGUCUAGUCCCCCACUGUAGGAGGAAGCAUGCUGUCUUAGACGCUGGUUCCAGUGUAGAAAUAGAUGCCUUAAGUUACCACCCUGUCAAACCAUCCACUGCCUCCAGCCAUUCUAAAAGAAAAGCCCUUUUUAAAUCCUUAUUGUAUAAUGUCAGCCGUUUUGACGUAAACCAUGCAUUGGUCUUCUCUCACCUUGCAGAAUCAGUUUUAUACACAGCAAGUUAGGUACUGAAUGGUACCAUUACAUAGCAGCGCGUGUGUCCCGUUUUUGGGGGUCUUUUAACAGUUGAAUCUCUGAGAGGCCAUGUAAAAAGGUCUGGAGAUUUUAAAGUAGGAAAGUGUAUAAGAAGGACCAAAGAAAUGGAAGGAUAUGCUCUAACUGCCCCAGGGCCCGUAUUCACAUGCUGAUCUAGGAUCAGUUUGGCCUUGUCGAUCCUAGAUCAGCAUUCAGUCCUCUGAGAAGCUUUUGUGAAUAGGGAAAGAUGCUUACUGUUAUGACUCAUUUCCCCUCACCAGUAAUAGUUUGGGCAUCUGAACAACCGGUACGAAGGCUGAAUCUAACACAGUGAAGCAACACUGCUCUCUCUCUCAUCCAGUUUUCUGUUUUUGUAAAAAAAAAAAAAAAAAAAAAGUUGUCAAUCUUUUGAUGUUUUUCUUGAAUUUUCUUUCUGAGAGACUAACUUUCCUUUUUUCGUCGAAGCGUAGAUUACUGAUCGGAGAGUUGGAAGAGUUUUUAUUUAAGUUUUUAUGCUCAUCUCGAGCUAAAGAAGAAUUUAUGGCCUUUGUGAUUUUAUUUUUGUUGGUAUAGAUUUGUUUUGAUUGUUUUACUUUGCAAUCAUUAAAUGUUUAUUUAGAUUUGACUCAACGUUUUGGUUUUGUUUCUUUUAUUUCUUCAGAUUUGGUUUGGGAUUUUUCGUUGGGGUUUUCUGUUUAGAUUGUAGAGCUACAGACACCAGACUGCUAAUAUGAUGAUGCUACAGUAUGACACUACUCACCGCACUCCCAUUGAGAUAUUACAGGACGUUUGAAUGGUCAACAUAAGGUUUAGCUAGACUCCAAGAUGGUCUGAAGGCCAAGAGGAUGCAGUCUCCAGUAUAAAACACCUCAGACGUUGGCCUUAUUUUCAUUCAAACUUAUGUGUGAAACAUGAGGCAGAGGGCUUUCAGGGUUUCAAAGAUGGGAGUCCUUCAUGUUAAUAGGAUCUAGAAGUUACUGAUCAAAUCAAAGUUUUUGUCACUUGCGCCGAAUACAACAGGUGUAGGUAGACCUUACAGUGAAAUAAUUACUUACAGGCUCUAACCAAUGGUACGGGGGGGAAAAGGCGCGUGUGUAGGUAAGUGAUGAAACCCAUAAGGAGUCUUCUAAUACAGGUACUGCAGGAGGCAGUUUGUCACUUAUGGACCUUCUUUGAUCUGCCUUGCAGCCAACAAACACAGUCACCCUGAGAAACUGUGCCUCUUUUUUUAAUAUAAAUGUGCAAUAACCUAAAAGAGGGUAAAAAAAACAGCUAAACCCAGGCAUUUUCAAGUGAUGUUUUUAGACUUAAAAUAAGAGGACUUUGUAAUCGGGAAGAAGACUGCCGGUUGGUUUGACAUCAAGCGAAUAUUCCUACAUCUGUUUUUAACAUAUCUUGGUUGUGCACUUUUCAUCACCAAGGCCUUUUCUAUGUAGGUUUGAGAAUGUAGUCUGUUGGAGAGAAAAUAACUGACUACAGCAGCACCACAACACGGGAUCAGACAACUGGCUUUAGUUAGUUUCCUGCUGCAGCAGAUCUAGGAUCCGUUUACCCUUACACAGUCCUAACCUUCACCAUAAUGGGUGACAAUUGUUUUAGAAAAUUAGGGCCUUGUCUCCUGGACUUUCAAUAGAGAUUCUCCAUUGAGCAUGAUUUUAUGUCCAGGAGUAGGCUUCAUCUGGGUUCUGGGAACAGCCUAGAAACCAGACUGAAACGGUACUAGAGAGAGUGGUUAUUCUGAACCGGAAACGUUACCAGAGAGUGGUUAUUCUGAACCGGAAACGUUACCAGAGAGUGGUUAUUCUGAACUGGAAACGUUACUAGAGAGGGGUUAUUCUGAACUGGAAACGUUACUAGAGAGAGUGGUUAUUCUGAACUGGAAACGUUACUAGAGAGUGGUUAUUCUGAACCGGAAACGUUACCAGAGAGUGGUUAUUCUGAACCGGAAACGUUACCAGAGAGUGGUUAUUCUGAACCGGAAACGUUACCAGAGAGUGGUUAUUCUGAACCGGAAACGUUACCAGAGAGUGGUUAUUCUGAACUGGAAACGUUACUAGAGAGAGUGGUUAUUCUGAACUGGAAACGUUAAUAGAGUGGUUAUUCUGAACUGGAAACGUUACUAGAGAUAGUGGUUAUUCUGAACUGGAAACGUUACUAGAGAUAGUGGUUAUUCUGAACUGGAAACGUUACUAGAGAGAGUGGUUAUUCUGAACUGGAAACGUUAAUAGAGUGGUUAUUCUGAACUGGAAACGUUACUAGAGAUAGUGGUUAUUCUGAACUGGAAACAUUACUAGAGAGAGUGGUUAUUCUGAACUGGAAACGUUACUAGAGAGAGUGGUUAUUCUGAACUGGAAACGUUACUAGAGAGUGGUUAUUCUGAACUGGAAACGUUACUAGAGAGUGGUUAUUCUGAACCGGAAACGUUACUAGAGAGAGUGGUUAUUCUGAACCGGAAACGUUACUAGAGAGUGGUUAUUCUGAACCGGAAACGUUACUAGAGAGUGGUUAUUCUGAACCGGAAACGUUACCAGAGAGAGUGGUUAUUCUGAACCGGAAACGUUACCAGAGAGAGUGGUUAUUCUGAACCGGAAACGUUACUAGAGAGUGGUUAUUCUGAACCGGAAACGUUACCAGAGAGAGUGGUUAUUCUGAACCGGAAACGUUACCAGAGAGAGUGGUUAUUCUGAACCGGAAACGUUACUAGAGAGUGGUUAUUCUGAACCGGAAACGUUACUAGAGAGUGGUUAUUCUGAAACGGAAACGUUACCAGAGAGUGGUUAUUCUGAACUGGAAACGUUACCAGAGAGAGUGGUUAUUCUGAACCGGAAACGUUACUAGAGUGGUUAUUCUGAAACGGAAACGUUACCAGAGAGAGUGGUUAUUCUGAACCGGAAACGUUACCAGAGAGUGGUUAUUCUGAACCGGAAACGUUACCAGAGAGAGUGGUUAUUCUGAACCGGAAACGUUACCAGAGAGUGGUUAUUCUGAAACGGAAACGUUACCAGAGAGUGGUUAUUCUGAACUGGAAACGUUACCAGAGAGAGUGGUUAUUCUGAACUGGAAACGUUACUAGAGAGUGGUUAUUCUGAAACGGAAACGUUACCAGAGAGAGUGGUUAUUCUGAACUGGAAACGUUACCAGAGAGAGUGGUUAUUCUGAACUGGAAACGUUACCAGAGAGAGUGGUUAUUCUGAACUGGAAACGUUACCAGAGAGAGUGGUUAUUCUGAACUGGAAACGUUACCAGAGAGAGUGGUUAUUCUGAACUGGAAACGUUACUAGAGAGUGGUUAUUCUGAACUGGAAACGUUACCAGAGAGAGUGGUUAUUCUGAACCGGAAACGUUACCAGAGAGAGUGGUUAUUCUGAACUGGAAACGUUACUAGAGAGUGGUUAUUCUGAAACGGAAACGUUACCAGAGAGAGUGGUUAUUCUGAACCGGAAACGUUACCAGAGAGUGGUUAUUCUGAACCGGAAACGGCACUGGAGGGGGAGUGGUUAUUCUGAAC